AUGUCUCAGCAAGCAAACAUCCACGUCGUCAAGAAAGACAACAUCACAGAGCAUGCCACGGUUCCCAUCUCUUACUCUACCCCGUCUCUCGAAGAUGGUUCCAUUCUAAUCCGCUCCGCUCUCGUUUCCCUUACGGCCAACAACCUCUCCUAUGCUCACUUAGGCGCCGUUCUCAAUUGGUGGGAUGCAUACACCGUACCAAGCUCCCUCCCAGCUCCCUACAGCGAUGACUCUCAAUACGGCAUUGUGCCUGUAUGGGGAUACGCAGAGAUCUUGGAGAGCAAAAUCAGUGGCUUGACUCCAGGACAGAUCCUCUUCGGCUUCUGGCCCAGCCAUGACUUGCCCGUCGCCUUACGCCUGAAAUCGGCAGACGAUUGCCCUGGCCAUUUCAUUGAGAUCACGGACAGCAGACAAAAUUUGAUGAAUCUAUACAACCGCUACAUCCUUCGCCCGGAUAUAACACCUUCGUCUGUGUCAGCUUCCACGCCCCAGACAGACUCCCUCGCCUGGCAGUCAAUCUUCCUCGGAGCAGGCCGCUACAUCUCACGCUAUGUCUUUGGCUCGCCGCCCAUCCACCCUGGCCUCGGGAGCCUUCCUUGGACUGCCGAAGACGCAGACAUGUCGCAGGCCGUGAUCGUGAGUCUUUCGGCUUCGGGCAAGACGGCGAGGGUGUUUCAAGACGCUUUGGUUGGGGAGAGAGAGGACAAAGAUGGUCCUUUGGGUUGGAUAGGUGUCACGGCAGGGAAUGGAAAGGGGUUGAUUCCUCAGACGAAAAGAUUCGAGACGAAGAUAGUUGGCUACGAAGACAUCACGAGUGAAACUCUGAUGAGAUGGAUCGAAGGGCUGAAGCCCAAGAGACUCAUCAUCAUCGACUUCGCAUCGCGCGGCACCUCCCUCCAGACUCUCAUGACAACCCUCCAAUCCACCCCUUCGCUCGGUUCCCUCCCACUAACAAUCAUCGGCGUCGGCAGCGAAAGUAAACCCCAUAAACCCUCUGACGUCACCGCCACGUUGCAAUCGCGUGCGAAAAUGCCGAAUCGAGUCCAGAUGAACAUGUCUGGGAUUCGAGACCGAGCGAUCGAGUUGCUGGGGGCAGAGAAGGUUUUCAGGGAGGGACAAAAAUAUUGGGAGGGAUUUAUGAAGAGAGGAGGCGUGGAAGGGAUGAGGCUGGAAUGGGGGAGCGGUAUUGGUGGGAACGAGGGGAUCGAAGGGGGUUGGACGAGGUUGUGUGAGCAGGCUGUGCCGUCGGAUGUCGGGAUGGUGUUCAGGGUGUAG